AUGAAGAUAAAACCUGAAAGUGGUGGUCAUCCAGCUCACGAUUCUAACCUGUCUAUUCUAGCCAGUGCUGACAAUCAAUUUACGAUAGACGUCUUGAAGACUUUACUAAUACAUGACACAAAGGCCCUUUCAAUGCUUCUGUUCGGAUCCAAAGCUAAAACUUUCACUCAAUUAGCGCAGACUUUACAUUACGAUAAAAUUUGGAAGGACAUCUCCUCGUUGACGCCCAAAAAUCGGGAAAUGCUUCAUAUAACUAUUAAAGAAAUGAACGCGGCCUUAACCAAAUUGUCCAAACACGUCACGCUUGAUAUUGGGAAUGGUUUAUAUCCUGAUAGCACGUUUCCACUGGAUUCUCAUUAUUUGGAAGUCAUUAAGGGAACGUACAAGGCCAUAGUUCACAAUUUGAACUUUGCGAAAGAUCCAAGACAAGCAGAAAAGGUUAUAAAUGAGGAUGUGGCCCACGCUACAAAAGGUAUGAUAAAAAAUUUAUUGCCCCCUAAUAGUUUGGAUAGCUCUACUCGUAUGGUAUUGACUAGCACGAUUUAUUUCAAAGGAGAUUGGCACGAAAAAUUUGAUCAUAGCUUGACGCAAAAAAUGCCCUUUACAAGUGAUGACGGUCACACGCAAGAAAUACCUAUGAUGCAAGGCUUUAAAUCAGUCAACUAUGCUAAAAUCAAUUUUUCGGACCAUGUUGGACAGGAAGUGGAGGUAUUGAGGUUAGAUUAUAAGGAUGAAGAAUUGGGCAUACUUGCGGAAAGGUUGAAUAAGCUAGUUAAGGAUUUGCAUUUGGAAAAUAAAAUUUGGAUAUCUAUUCCCGUGUUCAAGAUUGGCUACGAGACGGAACUCAGCGAAACUUUACAAGCACUAGGAACGCUCGAUAUAUUUGGUGACAACGCGGAUCUAUCUGGUAUUUCUGGUAAUAUCGAAGAAAAACUUAGCUUGACCCAGGUGUAUCAUAAAGCUUUCAUAGAAGUCAAUGAGGAAGGAAGCAAAGCCGGUGCCGCUACUGGUGAAGUGGUCGAACCUACAUCGGAGCAUGACCCUGUUCAGUUUAUAGCCGACAAGCCUUUUAUAUAUUUUAUAAUGGAUUUGGUUAAUGGCUGCAUACUUUUUAUUGGCACAUUUGCCUCGCCUUAA